AUGCGCUAUCAGUCAAUUACCCCCAUCCUCUUCGCCCAAUAUGUGGCAUCUGCAACUAUACGUCCAAGUCCAAGGACGAUUCCAAGUCUAGACUCGGCUCUCGGGCUGGGGCUGGGUCCAAGACAGUAUGAUGAGCCAUUCUCAGAGCAGCUGUCUCCUGGGUCAUUUUCUCCUGGGCCGUCAUCGUUUUCCGGGCCGUCAUUUCCUGACCAGUCGCCUGCUGGGCCGUCAUUUCCUGGGUCAUUUAUUCCUGAUCAGUCGCUCCCAAGCCAGUCGCUCCCACGUCCAGAUCAAUCAUCUCCAAAUCAGCCGUUUCAACCAGAGCCGUUUCAACCACAGCCGUUUCAACCACAGCCGUUUCAACCACAGCCUAUUCCCGUAGAGACACGUCCAGAUGAACGGCCCUCAAAUAGGCCGCCUCCUGCGGAUCCGUUUUCUGUGAACCCGUUUCUCGUGGAAACACCCGCAGAGGAAAAACCCCCAACGAAGCCCGCCCCCGCGGAGCCAUUUCCCGUGAAACCGCUUCCUGAGGAAUCAGUUCCAAAUCAGCCAUAUCCUGGACAGCCAUUCACGCCGAAUCCAGAACCAACAUUACCAGAGCCAACUUUGCUGCCCAAGCCGGAGCCGGAGCCGGAGCCAGUAUUCACCUUUAGUCCAACUACAAUCUCAAAACCCCAGCCGAAACCAACUUUCCUACCAGAGCCAGAGCUAGAAACACCCCUCAUGUCGACCACAACGCAAAUUCUGACGCCGGAGCCGGUCUUUACCCUAAAGCCAAUUACAACCCUGCCUCUAGAGCCAGAGACAGAAUCACCUCUCAAGUCAACCACAACGCAAACUCUGACGCCGGAGCCGGUCUUUACCCUAAAGCCAAUUACAACCCUGCCUCUAGAGCCAGAGACAGAAUCACCUCUCAAGUCAACCACAACGCAAACUCUGACGCCGGAGCCAGUUUUUACCCUAAAGCCAAUUACAACACUGACUCUAGAGCCAGAGACUUCCUCUACAUCGAAAUCAACUACUACUUCAACAAGUUCAACUACAACUUCAACAACAACCUCAACUACGACAUCCUCAACUACAACUUCAACAACAACCUCAACUACGACAUCCACUACAACCUCAGCUACAACCUCAACUCCAAAUCCAGUGGCACAGCCAACUUCACAGCCAGAACCAAAAGUAGUGGUUGUCGACGUUCUUCACUCUGAAAACCGCGAGGUGGGAAUACCGUUCCAGCCAAUGAUUUCCAUGGGUUUCGGCACCCCAUCCCAAGUCAUCACGGGCGUCUUGGACACUAGUUCCUCAGAUCUGAUUAUCCCCAGAGCGGGCAGCGCGGCGUGCAGACUCGCAAAGCAGCAGUGCCAAGGAUCAAACGUUGCCCUGGGGGACUACGAACCCUCCAAAGACAGCGAUGUCAGGAGGGUGCCGAAUUCGGGGUUCGCGGCUGGGUUUCAAAAUGGCGACGCGUACAACGGGCCGUACAUCAGCACGUCCGUGAGCGUGGGAGAUGCCAAGAUUAAGGCCGCGCAGGUUGGCUUGGCAGUCAAUGGGAGCGUGUCGCAAAAUUCGGCCCAAUAUCCCAUUUUCGGCGUCGGGCCCGUGGACGCCGAGCAGACGGUCGACAGCGCCAAAUAUGCGAAUCUGCCUCAGAAGAUGAAGGACGUGGGCUUGAUCAAUGCAAACUUGUUUAGCGUUUGGUUCAACCCUACACCCUUCGCCAAUGGGUCUGUUAUCUUUGGAGGAAUCGACAGCACCAAGUUUACGGGCCAGCUCCAGACGGUCCCAAUUGAGCGAGACAACUCUGGAAAGAUUUCCGGCUUUGUCGUCCGACUGAGCUCUGUCCAACUAUCUAUGAGUGGUGCGCGUGGUGGGCAGCGCAAUGGUCGCCCGCGAAACCGUCAAUCAACGUCUAUAGAUCUGGGACUGGGCCGAAGUGAAGGGUUCACCUCGAUGAACACUGGCUCUUCCUUUAUUGUGAUACCCAGUGCUUCCAUGGAAAACCUAGCCAGAGCCCUAGACACCACGUUUUCGGAGAAGGACGGCUUGGGACUGGUAAACUGCCAGCUAGCAUCGGGCGAUAACAGCUUAAUCUUUGGGUUUAACCAAGGACGGACCAUGCUUAGCGUGCCGCUGGCCAGAACUGUUAUUUCCAAAGAGAUUUCAAAGACUUCACAGACUGGCGGUUGCGCGCUCGCCAUCGCCUCAGCUGGCCAAGAUAAUGCUGUCAACGUCAUGGGCUACCCCUUCAUGUCGGCGGUAUAUACCGUGUUCGACAGGGACAGUGAGAGAAUGAUGUUUGCACAAGCUGUCUGA